GUUCCUGAACACAAAAUCUGUACUGACUUUCCCAGCGCAAUACUAAACUCGUAGUGCAACUUUAUUUCAUUCAUUCAACACUCCCGACAUCCUACAACUAACACCAUCCUACAUAUUUUUAUGGAUGUAGGAGGGCACCGGGGUCACAGAGCGCAAACUCCACACACUCACAGCUCCGGGGGUCGGGAUCGAACCAACGUUCAGGAGCCGUCGGCUCGGGCGGCAGUUCUACGAAUUGUCGCGGUGGUCGGCCUUCGUAACGGCGAUUAACUUAGUUCCUGGUUGGGUCUAAAGCCACCCAGUCCCGCCAGGGCGGGUACAGGUGCCAAAAAGGUCAGACUAAGUGCACUGAAAUCUCCACCCCUCUUCCUCCUCCUCCUCCAUGUCCUCCGACCUAUCCUGACCCCCAUCGCUGAUCCUCGGUGGAAUUCGCCCCACUCCCAGCCUUUCCGCAGUACAACUGUUCUUCCCGGGUGGUGGGAGUGAACGGUGCGGCAAAAGCGAUCGUCGCGGCGAGCCAAGGCCGACUGUUGCUUCCUGCAGCUCGAACAUGGCUUCCGCAGCCAAGGCCGACACUCUUGCCGAGGCUUUAAACUGUUCCAUCUGCCUUGAUCUGUUUGCCGAGCCGGUUUCUCUGUCGUGUGGGCACAACUUCUGCCACACGUGCAUCACCGAGUUCUGGCGGAACAAGGAGAUAAACUCCUGCCCGGAGUGCGGAGAGGUCCUCCCAGAAACGACCCUCAGGAUCAACCGGGCCUUGGCGAGCCUAGCCGAGAAAGCAAGAAAAUCCACCCCGAGCUCGAAAAGGGCCGAAGGCAUACUGUGUAAGCAACAUCAGGAAGAUGUAAUGCUCUUCUGUGACGAUGACAACGAGUUAAUCUGUCUGAAAUGUGUAGCAGCGCCCGAACAUGGAGACCACCGUUUCAUGUCCAUUAAUGAAGCUGUUGAAACUUACAAGGACCAGAUGAAAUCAUCCUUAGAGACCCUCACAGCCAAGCAAGCAGGGAUUGUUGAAAUGGAGUGGCAGCAGAGACUGAAGAUCUCCAGAAUUAAGGAACAGUCCCUCAAACUGCAGAGCAACAUCAAAAACGAGUACGCAAAAAUGCACCGAAUUCUCAGUGAGAAAGAGCAACGUUUAAUCAGGGAGCUCAAGAAACAAGAGGAGAACUUUCUGGAAAUGAUGGGGCUGAAUCUUCAAGAAAUCCAAGACUACUUAAGUACCGUUGAUGUGAAAGUAUCAAAGUUAAACCAAAGGAUGUAUGUGAGAGACGGUAUGGCACUUCUGAAGGAAGAAGCUCUGCAUAAGACAAGGAUGGCCGAGGAAGAGAACCAACCAGCACUGGUGGAAGUUGGCCUGGCUAUUGAAAAAUUCAACGGCCCCAUACAGUACAUCACAUGGAAAGAAAUGAUUGAUUCCUUGAAUACUGCUCCGGUCCCGUUAACUCUGGACCCGAGGACGGCCAACCCCUGGCUCAUCGUGAACAAGGACCAGACCAGCGUGUGGUGCGGAAACAGGCGGCAGGAGCUCCCCGACACCCCGAUGAGGUUCGACCGCAGGGCUUACGUCCUGGGCUCGGAGGGAUUCGCGUCAGGGAGGCACUACUGGGAGGUGGAGGUGGGCGACAAGAUCUGGUGGGGUGUGGGGGUCGUCAAGGAGUCGGCCAGUCGGAAGGGUAGCGGCGACCUGAGACCUGAGACUGGAUUCUUCACGGUGUGUCGUCUGCCUGGGAAAGGCCUCGUUGAAUUCUCCUCUCCCUCGCGAGGCUCCCUCACCCCCAGCACAAAUCCCAGGAACGUCGGCGUGUUCCUCGACUAUGAAGCCGGGCAGGUGUCAUUUUACAACGCAGAUGAUAUGUCCCAUCUCCACACCUACACCCACACUUUCAUGGAGAAGGUCUUCCCCAUCUUUAGUCCAGGCCGGAAUGACGCUGGGGAUAACUCGGCUCCAUUGAGAAUCCGCAGGGUGAAAUCGGAGAGGCUGAUUGCAAACAUGGCGGUUAGACCGGACAGCUUCGCCGAUGAGUUAAACUGCUCCGUCUGCCUGGAUAUCUUCAACAGUCCGGUUACACUAGAGUGCGGGCACAACUUCUGCCGCACCUGUAUCACAGAGUGUUGGGAAGGAGACAAGAAAAACUCCUGCCCCGAAUGUAGAAAGGAGUUUAAAGACCGAAAGUUCAUGGUGAACUGGGCCUUAGCAAAUAUGGCCCAGAAGGCGAAAAUGUUGAACCGGGAUCCGAAAGUGCAGGGAAGUAUUUCUGUAUGCGAGGAACAUGACGAAGAACUGAAGCUGUUCUGUGAAACGGACAAGAAGCUGAUCUGCCUGAUCUGUCGAGAUGCGCGGGAACACAGAGGGCACCGCUUCAUGCCGAUUAAAGAAGCUGUUGAAAUCUACAUGGAUCGGAUUAAAUCUUCCUUCGACUCCCUAACGGAGGAGAAAGUGUCGGCUCUGAGAAUGGAGCAAGCGCAGAAGAUGCAGAUUUCUGGAGUGAAGGAACAUUUGUCCAGUCUGCAGUCCCAGGUCUCAUCCGAGUUCACUAAAAUGCACCAGAGCCUGAGGAAGAAAGAGGAACGUUUGAUGGGAGAUCUCAAGGACCAGGAGCGGAGGAUUGUGGGCGCGAUGGAGAAAAACCUCCAGCAGAUUCAACAGUAUUUAAGCUCCGUUCACGGGGAGCUCUCGACGCUGGAGAAGAAGAUGAAGGAAACCAACAGAGUGAAGUUUCUAAAGGAUGAAAUCAGACAGAAUAGAAGAGUUAUUUCUGGGAGUGUUACACUGUCAUUGGUAGACACUGCAUUGUCUAUUGAAAAGCUCACUGGCCCUUUCCAGUACAAGAUUUGGAGAGAACUGAUUGAUGCUGUUAAACCAGCUCCUGCCUCCCUAACCCUGGAUCCAGAUACAGCCCAUUUCAACCUUAUAUUGUCCGAGGACCAGACCAGCGUGAGGAUUGGAGACCAGAGCAAGGAGCUCCCCGAUAAUCCCAGGAGGUUUGAUCGCAGGGCUUGUGUCCUGGGAUCUGAUGGUUUCACAUCGGGGAAGCACUACUGGGAGGUGGAGGUGGCGACCAAGACCUCAUGGGAGUUGGGUGUGACCCUGGAGUCAUCCCAGAGGAAAGGGAAAAUCAGCAUGAAACCAGAGACGGGAUAUUACGCCAUUUGCCUUGUAUGUGGGAACUCUUACGUUGCCCUCACCUCCCCAAGGACCUGCCUCACUCCUGGUGUGAAACCCAGUAAGAUCGGAGUGUACCUGGACUACGAGCUUGGGCAGGUGUCAUUUUACAAUGCAGAUAGCAUGAGCCUUCUCCAUACCUUCACCCACACUCUGAGGGGCAUGGUCUUUCCCUUUUUCAACCCAGGAUUGAAUGACGGUGGUAAAAACUCAGCACCCUUGAUAAUCUGCGGGGUUAAGUAACACCAACAGACCCAUGUUGUCCACCCAGGUCAGAAUCAGAUCAGGUUUAUUGUCAUUGACAUCAAUAUGUUGUUUUCUUUUUGUGGCAGCGGCGUGACAAAUUACUGCAAGUUACCAUAAAGUUAUAAAUAGUGAGGACAGUGAGAUUGUGUUCAUCGACUGUACAGAAAUCUGAUGGUACAGGUGAAGAACCUCUCCCAAAUUGUUGAGUGUAGGUGCUGAAGCUCUUGUACUAUUUCCGUAAUGGCAGUAAUGAAAAGGAAGCGUGUCCUGAAUGGAGAGGGUCCUUAACGAUGGAUGCCGCCACCUUGGGGCACUGCAGUUUGAAGGUGUCCUCGAUGUUGCGGAGGGUAGUACCUGAACCUGUGUUGGAGUUGGUUGAAUAACAACCACCUGAUACUGCUUACGGUCCUGUGUAUUGGCCCCUCCGUCCCAGACAGGGAUGCACCCAGAAUGCUCACACAGUACAUAUGUGGAAAUUUACUGGAGUCUUUGGUGACAUACCAAACCUCCUCACAAUCGGGAUGAAGUUUAGCCUUUGGUGUGCCGCCUUCAAUGCAUUGGGCGCAGGAUAGAUCCUCUGAGAUGUUGAUGGCCAGGGUCGUGAAUCCUUCCCACUGCUGACUCCUCAAUGAGUAUUGGUGUAUAUUCCCCUUCCUUGCUCAGGCUGGCUUUGACCAAAGGCUGUUGUUAUGAUAGCAUUCGAGGAGCCUAUCUAUUUCGCUGCUGUACGCCUCCUCAUCACCGGGUUAAGUUGAAUACCACUAAAGUCACACAGAGUCAGAGAAAAGUACAGCACAGAAACAGCCCAUCUGAGCCAUAUAAACUGCCGACUCCCCUCGACCUGCACUAUGACCAUAGCCCUCGAUACCCCUACUGUCCAACCUCCACUUAAACAUUGAAAUCAAGCUCACAUGCAUGACUUGUGCUGGCAGCUCGUGCCACACUCACACAGUCCUCCGAGUGAAGAAGUUCCCCUUAAACUUCUCACCUUUCACCCUUAACCCAUGACCUCUAGUUGCAGUCCCACUGAAACUCAGUGGAAAAAGCCUGCUUGCAUUUGCCCUAUCAAUACCACUCCUAAUUUUGUACACUUCUAUCAAAUCUCCUAUCAGUCUUCUACAUUGCAAGAAAUACAGUCCUAACCUAUUCCAUCUUUCCUGAGAACUCAGGUCCUCCAGACCCAGCAACAUCCUUGUAAAUUUUCUCUGUACUCUUUCAGCCUUGUUUAUUUGCAUCUUUCCUGUAAGUACGUGACCAAAACUGCAAACAAUCCUCCAAAUUAGGCCUCACCAAUGGCUUGUACAAUUUCAACAUAACAUCCCACCUCCUGUACUCAGGACAUUGAUUUAUGACGGCCAAUGUGCCAAAAGCUUCCUUAAUGACCUGUGACACCAUUUUCAAGUAUUUAUGAACCUGUAGUCCCAGAUCCUUUAUUUUACCACACUCCUGAGUGCCCUACCAUUUACUGUGUAAGACCAUAAGACAUAGGAGCAGAAUUAGGCCAUUCAGCCCAUCGAGUAUGCUCCGUUAUUCAAUCAUGGCUGAUCCCGGAUCAGACUCAACCCCAUACACCCGCCUCCUCGCCGUAUCCUUUGAUACCCUGACCGAUCGGGGAACAAUCAACUUCUGCUUUAACUAUACCCACGGACUUGGCCUCCACCGCAGUCUGUGGCAGAGUCUGUGAGAUUCACUGCUCUCUAGCUUAAAAAAAACACUAAUGCCUCUGAUCUAAAAGGUCACCCCUCACUUUUGAGGCUGUGCCCUCCAGCUCUGGAUACCCCCUCCAUGGGAAAUAUCCUCUCCACAUCCACCUUAUCUAGUCCUUUCAACAUUCGGUAGCUUUCAAUGAUUCAAUGAGAAUCCCCUGCAUUCUUCUAAUUUCCAGCAAGUACAGGCCUAAAGCUGCCAAACACUCCACAUGUGUUAACACCUUCAUUCCCAAAAUCAUCCUCGUGAACCUCUCCUUUGUCCAUCCUGUUUGUUACUUCCUCGAAGAACUCUAACAGGUUAGUGAAGCAAGAUUUCCUUCACAGAAACCAUGCUGACUUUGACUUAUUUUAUCAUUAGUGUCCAAGCACACCGAAAUUUCAUCCUUAAAGGUGGACUCCCAAUACUUUCCCAACCACUGAGGUCAGGCUAACUGGCCUAUAAUUUCCUUUCUUUUGCCUUCCUCCCUCCUUGGAGGGAGGAGUGACAUUUGCAAUCUUCCAGCCCUCCAGGGUCAUGCCAGAAUCAUGUGAUUCUUGAAUGAUCAUGACCAAUGCAUCUGUUAUCUCUUCAGCAACCUCUCUCAGGACUCCAGGAUGUGUUCCAUCUGGUCCGGGUGACUUGUCCAUCUUAAAACCUUCUUGUCCAUCUGCCUCGCACUUUUUCCUUUGCAAUAGCAAUGGCUCACACUCCUGCUCUCCGACACUGACAGACCUCUGGCACACUGCUACUGUCUUCCAUAGUGAAGGUUAUACAAAAUACUCAUUAUGUUCAUCUGCCAUUUCUUUGUCCCCGAUUACAACCACACCAGUAUCAUUUUACAGUGGUCCAAUAUCAAUUCUCACCACCCUUUUGCUCUUUAUAUAACUGAAAAAAAACUUUUGAUAUCCUACUUUAAAUUAUUAGCUAGUCUACCUUCAUAUUUAAUCUUUUCCUUUCUUAUAGCUUUUUUAGUCACCAUUUGUUGAUUUUUAAAAGCUUCCCAAUCAUCCAACUCACUUUUGCUACUUAUAUGCCAUUUCCUUGGCUUUUAUGCAAUCCUUAACUUUCCUUGUCAGCCUCAGUUGCCUACCCCUACCAUUGAGAACAACUUCUUCUGUGGGACAUCUCUAUCCUACACUUUGUGAACUAUUCCCAGAAAAUUCAGUCAUCUCUGCUCUGCCGUCAUCCCUGCCAGUAUCCUCCUCCAAUCCACCUGGGCAAGCUCCUCUCUCAUGCCUCUGUAAUUCCAAUUAUUCCAUUGUGAUACUGAUACAUCUGACUUGUGCUUCUCUCCCUCAAAUUGCAAUGUGAAUUUAAUUAUGAUAACUGUCUCCUAAGGGUUUUUUUUUAACAUUAAGCUCCCUAAUAAGAUCUGGGUUAUUACAUAACACCCAAUCUAAGAAAGCCUUUCCCCAAGAAGGCUUAAGCACAAGCUACUCUAAAAAGCCGUCUUGUAGGCAUUCAACAAAUUCCCUCUCUUGCGAUCUGACACCAACCUGAUUUCCCCAAUCCCCUUGCAUUUUGAAGUCCCCCAUUACAAUUGUGUCAUUACCCUUAUUACGUGCCUUUCCAGCUCCCUUUUGAAUUCCAACCCCCCCACAUCUUGGAUACUAUUUGAAGGCCUAUGUAUGAUUUCCCAUAAUGGUUUUUUAACCUUGCAGUUUCUUAACGCCACCCACAAAGAUUCCACACUCUCUGAUCCUAUGUCACCUCUUUCUAAAGAUGUAAUUCCAUCUCUUACCAACAGAGCCACACCACCGCCUAUGCCUUCCAGCCUUUCCUUUCGCUAUUAAGCUCCCAACGAUGGCCUUCUUUCAGCUAGUGAUACCCACAACAUUAUACCGGCCGAUCUCUAAUUGCACCACGAGUUUGUCCACCUUAUUCUGAAUGCUACAUACAUUUAAAUACAAUAUCUUCAGUCCUGCAUUUAUCAUCCUUUUGAAUUUUGCCUCUGUGGUACAGUUUAAUUCUUUGCUCUGUCUGUAUUUGCACCCAGUCAUUGGUUUGUCCUUCCUUACAUUCAUGUCACACCCAUCAUCUGCUAGUAAACCAUCUACUAGUAAACCAGGCCAAUUAUUCAAUGGUCAAAAGACACUUGGAUCAUAUUCCUUUCCCAAUCUGGUGUUUGGUCUGAACCUCUUGAUCAUGUCUGUGUGCUUUUAUUCAUUGAGUCAUCGCCACAUGAUUGGCUGAUCAGAUGUUUACAUUAAUGAGCAGGUGUAUCUAAAGUGGCCUCUGAGGGUAUAAACUAUAGGAGGAGAAAGAAGGCUUCUCAUGCUUCAGGAACAAGUGUCUAAAUGUGAUUGAGCAGCACUUAAGUCAACCGUAUACAGCUAACUAAAAUGUAAAUAAAUUGUGGGCCACAAGGCCUGUACUAUUCUACGUUCUAUGUUAAAUUUCAGCUAUCCUGUUCUGAAGGAAUAAGAUUAAAAUGUGUGCUCUUUUAAUCUGUUCCUUCUACACUGCAUGGCCACGCUGCCUGAAACAUAACUGAAAUGCUCUUGCACACGUAGACUUUGUUGCCGCGCAGGAAUUUUCUUUCAUUUAAUGUUGAUAUAAUUUUGAAAUUCUGUUCAUACAGUAUAAUUUUGAAAUCUAUGUUAAUAUAAUUGUUAAAUGACUUGGAAUUAUGUGCUGGUGAUACAAUCUAUACAUUUUCUAAUAAAUGUACUACAGACUUCAGUUUGAAACACUUUAGAGCUUCAACGUAUUUACAUUGUCCAUGUUUCAAGUUGCAACACUGUUAUGAAUUGUAAUAAUAAACAUGGAAUGGAAGUUGGUAGCUCUUUGUUAAUAAACUGGCAGCCCGCUGAACAUUG